GCCGAGUCCUGGAACCGAUAUCCGACCGGCAUACUAGCGGGCAACCAAUAUCACAUGGGAAUUUACGACGAAUGCGUGGACGUGCGUCAUCCGGUGAUAGGACAGUAUUGCUUGUCUGAAAUAAAUCUAAGUUCGUUGACGGGCAAAGACUACAGUUUCAACAGAACGGACGAUCCAGACGAUUUUGGGAAUAAUAAUGCCUGGAAAACAAUACUCGGGUGGGAUGAUUUUCCGGACAAAGUGAAACGAAACACAUUGAAUUUAGGAAUAUGCAUUCCGGAUUCAUGUUCGGCGCUAGACCUGCAAACUUCAUUGCAAAACGAACUGGACAAAGUGUUCACGGCAGAAAAGAUCGAGGCCGUUGUCAAAGUGGAUCCGAUAAUGUGCACGGUCAAAGGAGACAUGUAUCCUUACAACACAUCGUACUACGUGACCAGGAUGUUUUUUCUAACGCUUAUUUUGAUUUGUUGCGGCACAACAUUGUAUCAUUACAUAAGAAUAUCAUACAAUACAAAUCCAAAAAAAACCACCAGUGAAAGUUUCGGUUCAUUUUGCGAUACGUUUUCAUUUAUUAAUUCAAGCAAAGAGUUGUUAAAAUUCGAUGAGAACAACGAACUGAAUUCAAUCUAUGGUUUUAAAGUGCUUUUGAUGCUAUUCGUUAUAUUGAUCCACAGAUUAUUGCAUUUAUUUAAUAAUCCAAUGAUUAACCCUAAACGCGUGGAAAGGAUAUAUCACAAUGGUCCUGAUAUUGCAUUGACUCUUACAAACGUGGUCGACCCAUUUUUUUUCAUUAGUGGUUUCAUCAUGAUGUAUCUGAACAUUUCUCGGUCAUCUAAAAAAGCUAAAUCAGGAAUCAAAAAUAUCACAUCGCCAAUUAUCAGCCGAGUGUUGAGAAUGUUACCGUCAUACUGCGCAAUGAUGGCGAUCACGGCGCACAUCGUACCUCACCACGGGGACGGACCGCUGUGGCCAAAGAUAGUAUGGGAAGAAGCCGAAAUUUGCAAAAAUUAUUGGUGGACCAAUUUGUUGUUCAUAACCAAUUUUCUUGAUACCAAAUACGGAUGCCUCAUAGUGAACUACUACGUGUCUUGUGAUGUUCAGUUUUUCGUAGUUGGAUUCAUAAUUGUGUACGUUUAAAUGAGAAACGCCAA